GCAAGUUAGAAACCAGCUUCUUCCAGAUAGAGCUCGACCUGACCGCGACCCUGCCCCUUUAAGAGCCGCCGGAUCAUGUGAUCGAUCACAUGACUCAGCGCGUUUGGAGUGUAUCAGAGUGACGCUACGCUUGUUCCGAGGCUAUUUUGGUAAUAGGUAGCUGAAGAAAAUGGACAUCAGAGGUGCUGUAGAUGCUGCAGUUCCUACCAACAUUAUUGCUGCAAAGGCAGCUGAAGUUCGAGCAAAUAAGGUCAACUGGCAAUCUUACCUUCAGGGCCAGAUGAUUUCCAGUGAAGAUUGUGAGUUCAUUAAAAAGUUUGAGGCUGCUCGUGCAGAAGAUAAACAGCGUAUCCUGGAUAAUGAAGGUCACCAGUGUGCCAAAACUUUUUUGAAUUUAAUGGCCCACAUUUCCAAGGAGCAAACUGUGCAGUACAUUCUGACGAUGAUUGAUGACAUGCUGCAGGAAAACCAUCAACGAGUCAACAUUUUCUUUGAUUACGCCAAAAAAACUAAGAACACUGCUUGGUCCUACUUCUUACCGAUGUUAAAUCGACAGGACCUAUUUACUGUUCAUAUGGCAGCAAGAAUCAUAGCGAAGUUGGCUGCUUGGGGCCGUGAAUUGAUGGAAGGAAGUGAUCUGAACUAUUAUUUCAACUGGAUUAAAACUCAGUUGAGUUCCCAGAAGUUGCGUGCAGUAGGGUCUGAAGCAGGAACUGUUUCUCCCAGUGAGAGUUCACAGUAUGUUCAAUGUGUGGCAGGUUGUCUGCAACUGAUGCUAAGAGUUAACGAAUACCGUUUUGCCUGGGUAGAAGCUGAUGGAGUGAACUGCAUUAUAGCUGUUAUAAACAGUAAAUGUGGCUUCCAGUUACAGUAUCAGCUGAUCUUCUCCUUCUGGUUAUUGGCCUUUAGUCCACAAUUAUGUGAACAUCUUCGCAGACUGAAUAUUGUCCCAGCUUUAUCUGAUAUUCUUCAGGAGUCUGUGAAAGAAAAAGUAACCAGGAUCAUCCUGGCAACAUUUAGGAACCUUCUGGAAAAAUCUGCGGAAAGAGAAACGCAUCAAGAAUAUGCACUUGCAAUGAUCCAGUGCAAAGUUCUUAAACAGUUGGAGAACCUUGAGCAGCAAAAAUACGAUGAUGAAGACAUUGCUGAUGACAUCAAAUUUCUACUGGAAAAGCUUGGAGAAAGUGUCCAAGAUCUUAGUUCCUUUGAUGAAUAUAGCUCUGAACUGAAGUCAGGACGUCUGGAGUGGAGCCCUGUUCACAAAUCAGAAAAAUUCUGGCGAGAAAAUGCUGCAAGAUUGAAUGAGAAAAAUUAUGAAUUACUGAAGAUUCUAACAAGACUUCUGGAAGUUUCUGAUGACCCACAAGUCUUGGCAGUGGCUGCUCAUGACGUUGGUGAAUAUGUGCGUCACUACCCUCGGGGAAAACGUGUAAUUGAGCAACUUGGAGGCAAACAACUUGUAAUGAGCCAUAUGCAUCAUGAAGAUCAGCAAGUGCGUUACAAUGCUCUUUUGGCAGUACAGAAACUGAUGGUCCACAACUGGGAAUAUCUUGGAAAACAGCUACAGUCAGAGCAAGCUCCAACUGUCACUACAAGAAGCUGAAUCUUACCAAAACUUCUGCAAUCUGCAUUGAAAAUGUUCUUUCUUUGUUUAUGGUAUAUGGAAUCUCUCUGGAUAUAUUAAAUUAAGGAUAUAAUAUAAUGUCAUUGUUUUAUUUGUUGGCAUGGUGCAUUUCUGUAAAGUUCAAUGUACUUGGCAAUAUAGUUAAAAGAUUCUGGUGAAAUAAAAUGUUUUGCUGUAUUUGUCAGAAAUACAUUGAGUAACCUAAGGACCUGUUUGAUUAGUUCGUUACUAUGAUAUCUAAAUGCUUUCAGUAAAAAGUAACUGCGCUUCAUAGCAUCAGAUUAUCACCUGUAUAUCAAUGUUUGGUGCUGUCUGUAACUUGAUGAUUAUCACAGAUUUAAAUACAGUAAAUUAUUAAUGAAAAAUCAACAUUUAAACUUGCAUUUCUCUGACUAAAUCUUUGAAAUCCUAGAAACAUAAUGAGCUAGUUAACUAUUAUAAACAUGAGAAAUUCUGCAGAUGCUGGAAAUCCAAAGCAACACACAAAAUAAUGGAGGAACUCAGCUGGAUAGGCAGCAUCUAUGGAAAUGAUAAAUAUUACUUGCAUUAAUGCCAUUGAUUGACAUGUAUAAGACAACUUAUUGGAAAUGUUUUUUUACGACCAAUCUGAAAGACAAAUCUUGAACACAUGGAGGAAGUUGUUUAGUAUAUAAUUUUACAUUGAUUAUUUAAAGGUAGAAAAAAUGCUAGAAGAAUUUUGCUUAUGUUUUGCUUGAAAUAACUUGGUGAACACACUUAUAGAACCUGUAUAUUGUCAUUUUGCUUGUAAGUUGUUUUUUUUAAACAAAUGGAGAAGUCUAAAAAUGAGUGACAGUUGUAUUAUGUAUCUGGGCCAUUUAGAUUAAUUUCACCUUGUUUGGCUGCUGAGGAUCAUAGAAACAAAUACACUAUGCUUUAUUGAAGUCCAGAUAACAGAUGGCCUUUA